CAUCCUCGCACCCUAUUGGCUGUUUAACCGGAAGUAAACAUCAUGUGACGUUCCAAAUCAGCUGAUCCUCCGUAGACAUCUUUACGAGUCACGACUGCGGCGAUUAAUUCAUACCUCUUCUUCUGUGAUUUUCAGGCCCGAGCCUACCUCUGACAGCUGCAACCAUGGCGCUGAGCGAUGCCGAUGUACAGAAGCAGAUCAAGCACAUGAUGGCCUUCAUUGAGCAGGAGGCCAAUGAGAAGGCGGAAGAAAUUGAUGCAAAGGCCGAGGAAGAGUUCAACAUAGAGAAGGGCCGCCUGGUGCAGACCCAGAGGCUGAAGAUCAUGGAGUACUACGAGAAGAAGGAGAAGCAGAUCGAACAGCAGAAGAAAAUCCAAAUGUCUAACCUGAUGAACCAGGCUCGGCUGAAGGUGCUGAAGGCCCGCGAUGAUAUGAUCUCGGAAAUGCUGAACGAGGCUCGCCAACGGCUCGCCAACGUCGCAAAAGACCCGGCCAGGUACCCAGCUCUGUUGGAUGGACUGAUCUUACAGGGAUUCUAUCAGCUGCUGGAGUCUAAAGUGACCAUCCGCUGCCGUAAACAGGACAUACAGUUGGUACAGGCCUCAAUCCAGAGGAACAUUCCCAUCUAUAAAGCAGCCGUGAAGACUAACCUGGAGGUCCGUGUCGACCAGGACAACUUCAUCUCACCAGACGUUUCUGGAGGUGUAGAGAUCUAUAACGGUGACGGGAAGAUCAAGGUGGCCAACACCCUGGAGAGCAGACUGGAGCUUAUGGCUCAGCAGAUGAUGCCUGAAAUCCGAGUGGCUCUCUUCGGCGCCAACCCAAACCGCAAGUUUAUGGAUUAAAUUCAUCCGUUGUAUCAGAGAAAAAACUCCAUCUUUUUAUUUUGUAUUCCAUCACAUGAAAGAAGUCAUUCCUCUGUCUGUGAAUUAUCUGAUGUGAAAGAGACUCAUUGUUGUGUGAUGUAUUGCUGUAUUUUUCUGUGCAUCAAGGGACUUCUAGGAGCUGCAACUCAACAUUACAGAUGUGCAUCACAUGUUCUGCACAGCUGUAAUGACUCGUUUACUCCACUGCUUCUCCUUUGCAGGGGUCUCAGUUUACACCGAUUAGUCAGACACGUCGGGAUUGGCUGGUUGCUUGACACAUUGCUUUCUAAUUGGAUCAGUUUUCAUUACAAACACAACAGCUUUGUCACGGUUUUCCCAGUUUCAAUUAUCACUACCCCACACCACAAGUUGUAUGGGGCAUUGUGUUGAUAAUGGGUAUCUGCUUUGACCAAUCACAGAGAAAUAAAGAAACAGCUUCCUUUAUACAAAACUGAAGGGCAGACAUGACCUUACAGAGUUAAUUUAUUGAUGUUACAUCAUUAUUCUGUCAUGUAGUAAAAACGUGGGAGUUAUCAUUCCAAAGGGUGUACUGUAUGUAUAUGAGGUUUCCAGAUUAAAUUAUACGUAUGUGUGUUUUUUGUUUUCU